AUGGAUGAUGAGACGAUGGUGUUCGAGGGUUACGAGGCUUUGGGGAAAGGUUCAGUGUUGUUAUUUGCUGUUCCAUUUCUGGAAAGGAACAAUGCUGUUGAUGCACAGCCAACUAUGGAGGAGACCAUUCUGGUUGGGGAUGUGAUGAUGGGGCCACCAUCACCACUCAUUCCCCCAGAAAUCUCAUCUCAUGUGCUCGAAGGUGUGGAUUUAUGUGAUGGAAUUUUGAGGAACUUAUUCUUGUGCUUGCAGAUCAAUGAUAUUGAACCUUUCUGUCAGGAUGAGAUUGCUCUCUACCGGCAAUGUGCAGAGAAAAGGGACAAGGAACUGAGACAACGGCUUCAAGAUAGUGAGCGUAAGUUAGGGAUGUCAAUGCCCUCACAAGAAGCUAAGGAAAGAUCUACCCAGCUGGAAUCAGAAGUGACAUUGUUGGAGAGACGACUGAUUUUGGCAAGUGGAACAGAAGGCGUGGAAGGGUUUCGUGAGAGAUGGAGUCUACAUGGUCGCCUUACUGAUACCAAGAAAAGGCUCGAGGCACUGAAGCAAGGAAUGGAAAACCGGACAAGAACGAAAUAGUUCCUGAUUCAAACACCAAGAGAAGAUGGUUUUUCUGGUGAAAUUCAAAGCAAAUAUUGUGCAUUUGCUUUGAAUGUGGAAUUUGACUUCCUUGAGAAUAGAAGGAUCCAAUUGCUGUGAGCAUCAAAAUCAAAACAGAACAAUCUCUUGCACGGGCUUAACUUGCUUUUAGAACCUGUGCGUGGGAAUUAUUCCGGGGGACCCGUCCUAGCCUCGGUGACCUUUUCCGUAGGCAUCAACUUAGUUGUAGCUAUGUAAACUGGCGACGUUAACUCGUUAUUCAUACUCUGGAAGGAAGGCCUUAUUUUCUCGAACCAA